AUGAUCCUCGACUUCCCCAACACCCCAUACGAUUAUCUCUUCAAGCUGCUCCUCAUCGGAGACUCUGGUGUCGGAAAGUCUUGCUUGCUUCUUCGUUUCGCCGAUGAUACCUAUACGGAAAGCUACAUAUCGACCAUCGGGGUUGACUUCAAAAUCCGUACCAUCGAGCUUGAUGGCAAGACAGUGAAACUCCAGAUUUGGGAUACUGCGGGUCAGGAACGUUUCCGGACAAUCACGUCGUCUUAUUACCGUGGCGCUCAUGGUAUCUGUGUCGUCUACGAUGUGACCGACAUGGACUCUUUCAACAACGUGAAGCAGUGGCUUCAAGAAAUCGAUCGCUAUGCCACCGAAGGUGUCAACAAGCUGCUUGUGGGUAACAAGAGCGAUAUGGAAGACAAAAAGGUGGUUGAGUACACAGUGGCCAAGGAAUUCGCUGAUAGCCUUGGGAUCCCAUUUCUGGAAACCUCGGCAAAGAACGCUUCAAAUGUCGAGCAGGCUUUCUUGACAAUGGCGAGACAAAUCAAGGAGCGUAUGGGCACUGCUACUGUCAACAACAAGCCAACUGUGCAAGUUGGCCAAGGCCAGGGCGUUCAAUCCGGCUCCGCGGGCGGCUGCUGCUAG